GUACUGAGCGGUCGAGGGAAUUGGAAGCAAAUGAAGCGCGAGCAGCGUCCUUCGCCACGCCUUUGCUACUCCCUUUCUGGCUUUCUCCCCUCUCUCCUCCCGAUUAAUUUCAGGGUUCCAAUUAUAGCAAUCCCAUGCGAUCAGGUGAUAUCUCGAGUUCUCUGCCUCCGCCCUCUGGGGGAUUCCCUCCACCCUCUUCUCCCGCCGCUCGUCGCCUUCGGAUGUUGCGGAUUUGCUUUUGUUGCUAUUAGGAAGGUCGGUGGAUGGAUUUUCGCUAAUGGAGUUGGUUGUUCGCUUGGUUCCUUAUGGAUUAUGCGUUGUUUCUUAGGACUUGGGGUUGUGUUGAUUUAAGCAGACAGGUCCUCAUUUCUACCACUUAUUCUUACUUCCUGAGAUAGAGUUCAUAGUUGGACAUUGAGGUGAACUUGAGUAGAUUAUCUUGUGAUCGCUGAUGGAUCCGGAUAGGAGUUGGUUAGAAAAAUUUCAGCCUAGGGAAAAGGAUACGUCCAAGAAGAACGAACUUGCAUCAGAUGCGCAGGAUGAAACUGAAGAAAACCUUUCAAAGGCUACGAGGCAAAAGGCAGCUGCUGCCAAGCAGUACAUAGAAAAUCAUUACAGAAAACAGAUGAAAGACUUGCAAGAACGCAAGGAAAGGCGUUGUAAAUUGGAGAAGAAACUAGCUGAAGCUGAUGUUUCAGAAGAAGAUCAGUACAAUAUUUUAAAGUAUUUGGAGCAGAAGGAGACCUUGUACAUGCGCCUGCAAAGGCAUAGAAUGGGAGCUGUUGAUUUUGACUUACUUACAAUAAUAGGAAAAGGUGCUUUUGGAGAGGUUAGGAUCUGCCGAGAGAAAGUAACUGGUAAUAUAUAUGCAAUGAAGAAACUUAAGAAAUCAGAGAUGCUUCGUCGGGGCCAGGUUGAGCAUGUUAAAGCUGAAAGGAACCUACUUGCUGAGGUUGAUAGCAAUUGUAUAGUGAAGUUAUAUUGUUCCUUUCAAGAUGAUGAGUACUUGUAUCUCAUCAUGGAAUACCUACCUGGUGGGGAUGUAAUGACAUUGCUUAUGCGUAAGGAUACAUUGACUGAGACUGAGGCUAGAUUUUAUAUUGGUGAAUUAGUUUUAGCAAUCGAAUCUAUCCAUAAACAUGAUUACAUUCACAGGGAUCUCAAGCCUGACAAUCUAUUGCUUGAUAGAUAUGGGCACCUAAAGCUGUCAGAUUUUGGAUUAUGCAAACCAUUGCACUGCAGUAAUUUUCCAGAUUUGCAAGAAAAGGAUAUUUCUAGUGAAAGAGACAUCACUGGGUCUUCACAGAAUAAUGAAUGGCCUUCCAUACCGAAAGGUACACAACAGGAACAAUUAGAGCAUUGGCAAAGAAAUAGGAGAAAAUUGGCAUAUUCUACUGUUGGUACACCAGACUAUAUUGCUCCAGAGGUUCUACUUAAGAAGGGUUAUGGAAUGGAGUGUGAUUGGUGGUCGCUAGGGGCCAUCAUGUAUGAAAUGCUUGUUGGUUAUCCUCCAUUUUACUCUGAUGAACUUAUGGCAACAUGCAGGAAGAUAGUUAAUUGGCGAAAACACCUAAAGUUUCCUGAUGAAACAAAACUAUCGUCAGAAGCAAGAGAUCUGAUAUGUAAACUAUUGUGUAAUGUUGAAGAACGGCUUGGCACAAAAGGUGCUAGUGAAAUAAAGGCUCACCCUUGGUUUUCUGGAGUUGAAUGGGACAAACUUUAUCAUAUUGAUGCAGCAUUUAUACCAACGGUUAAGGAUGAGUUGGACACUCAAAACUUUGAGAAGUUUGAAGAGUGUGACAACCAUGUUCAUACUUCAUCUAAGUCAGGCCCUUGGAGAAAAAUGCUUUCGUCCAAGGAUCUGAAUUUCAUGGGAUACACAUAUAAGAACUUUGAAAUAGUUAAUGAUCAUGAAGUGCCUGGAAUAGCUGAGUUAAAGAAGAAGAGCAAAUCUAAGAAGCCAAGUGUGAAGUCACUUUUUGAAUCCUCAGAAACAGACGGUUCUUCUGGAGAACCUGUUUAACGAUGCUUCCCUAAUGUUUCUACCGAGUCAACUCAAGGUCUCCAUCAAAGGUUCAUCUUCCACCAUAUCGUCUCCAUCUAACAUCAGCAGUUUGAGAAGGGUCUCAUUUUCCUAAUCACAUUGACAUGCAAAUAGACUGCCAAAUGAAGUGACAAUGCCAAUUCUGCUGCUUCAGGCAGACUUGUUCUAAUUACUUAGUAUUUUCUUGUAAAGAAUUUUGUUGUUAUUUUUCUACAUUUAUCAAAUUCAACACUUGAAGGUCAA